GACACUUCAGACAAGAUAAAUAAAAUAGUUCUUAAAAAACUAAAUUUAAGAAAUUUAAAUUCUUAAUAAUCAUAAACAAUAAAUUUAUUGUUCUAUUGUGACGAAAAGGACGCUUUAAGCAUUGAUUGAUGGCACAAGGAAUUUUAAAAAAUGCUUCUCAAUACGAGGAUAUUUAUAAAUGUCGACUACAAAGUUUAUGUCGUUUAUGUUUGCUGCAAGAUAGAGAGCUUGAUUUAAAUUCAGAUUCCUAUUUACCUAAUAAAAAGUGGAUAGAUAUUCUUUUUUCUGUCACAAAUAACGAUUAUGAGAAAACUAAUAGUAUUGAAUAUCCUCAGGGAAUUUGUAAAGAAUGUUCUUCAAAGUUGGUUUUAUUUUAUAAAUUUAAACAAAAAGUUACAGCGUCCUAUAAAAAAUUGCAAAACAUUUUCAAACACAAUGACAUCAAAUCAAUGAAAAGCUCAAAUAAUAACAUAGAAUACAUAGAAGAAUGUGAGAAUGGCAAUGCGAGAGACGAUUUUGUUAAUGUAAAUGAUUUAACAGAAAACACUUCGCGAAGCUAUGAUGAAAUUUGUGAAACAAACAGUGUUGCUACUGAAAUGUAUAGCACAAAUGAAGAAGAAUCAGGUUCACUUUGUGAUUUAAUAAAAAUAGAUGAUCCAGGUGACAACAAAAAAUUCCUGUGCUAUUUGGACAUCUAUGAGAAAAAAGACAAAGGGAUUGAAAAUGGACAGCUUAAUUUCAAUGAAAAGCAGGAGUUAUUUAAUGAUAAUUUAGACGAAAAUUCUUUUAGCUGCCAUUUAGAAAUAGAAAAUAUAGGGAAGAAAACAAAGAAGUCAAAAAAUAUACAGUGUGAUAAAUGCGGAGCAAAGUUUACUAGAAAUUCAAGCUUAAGGCAACAUGACACCGUACAUUCUACAGAAAAAAAAUUUGAAUGUAAUCUCUGUAAAAAAAAGUUUACACGUCGUGCACAUGUUGAUAUUCAUAUGUUAAUUCAUUCCAACAUACGGCCACAUUCUUGCCAAAUAUGUAGCAGAGCAUUUACGAAAUCCGGAGACUUAAAACGCCAUCAGAAAAUUCAUUCUGAUGUAUAUGAAUUUGUGUGUCUCAUUUGCAACAAAGAAUUCAAAAGAAAAGAAUACCUAGCAACCCACGUCAAUACUCAUUAUGGGGUGAAGCCACAUAAAUGUAAAAAUUGCGGAAAAUGCUAUCAGUCUUUAAGUGGUUUGUUAAAACAUACCAAAAAUGUACAUUCUCAAAAAAUAAAUUUUUAA